ACCAAUUUUUCAUUCUAGUUCUGGGACUGGUUGAUUCAUUUCACUAAUGUAGAAUUAAUGUGGCAAGCACAGCCGACUUAUAUCAUUGUGCAGGUGUUAUUCUUGAUAGGUGGUCUUAUCACGUUCAUACACGGUAAUAUCAAUUCUACGAUAUCGCAACAGUAUGUUUCGAACCUAUGAAAUGCUCCAAUAUUAUUUGAACAGCUUUAAAAAAUGGUGGACGUUUUAUGCAUCUUUGGAUUGGUGUUAUACUUCAUGGGCUUGUAGUAGAAGCUAUCAGUUACAAUUUACCAGAUAUUGAUAACUUCUGGCAUUCCCAAACGCCUAUAAUAUUACUAGGACGGCGUCUUCCACUGCAUAUAAUAUUUCUGUAUUCUGUUUUUCUCUACACGGCAUCCAAUACCGCUAAGAGAUUCAAAUUACCAUUAUGGAGCGAACCGUUUGCUGUUGGAUUGAUAGUAGUAUUAAUAGAUAUUCCAUACGAUGUAACGUCAGUAAGAUUUUUGCACUGGUCGUGGCAUGAUACAGAUCCAAGCAUUAGGGAUAGACAUUAUCAUGUUCCAUGGAAUUCCUAUUAUUUCCAUGCUACCUUUGCUGCCAGUUUUACGUUUUGGUUUCAUGGUACUCGAAAAUUGUUUACUAAAAGUUCAAAUAAAUGGACAUCUGACAAAUCAUUCUUGAAGGAAACAUUAUGCACUGUGCUUUCAUCGUUAUUGGGAAUGCCUGGUGGAGUUUUAUUAUUUCUGCCAAUUUAUCAUCCACUUCAUGACAACUUCAAUGUCCAUACAGAAGUCUGUUUCUUUUUGCUCUUCGCUGUUUUCCUAGUUCUAGCUUGGAGCGGCGAAAGAGCUUCUAGACCAACCAUUACUUUCAAAAGUAAAGCUGAUUGUCUCUUUCUUCCAUACUUGAUGGUGUACUAUUCUGUUUUCUUAGCUAUGGCCCUCAUUGGAGAUCCAUCCAAAGAAGUUUCUAUUGGAUUACAUGAGCAGAUUGGACCUUGCGACGAAAUGGUACCGAUUACAUCUGCACUUGGACAAACACUUUAUAAAAGAAGGUAUUUGUGUUUGGAGGAUAAUGAUGAAACCUACUUUGGAUGGGAUUGUCUACCAGGUGGUAAAGCGCCAAAACCUUUUUCCCAUUGGUACACCGCAUGUGGAACUGAAUUGAAAAAUCGCGUCGAGUAUAUUGUAGUAAAUUUAACAAUUUGUAUUGUGGCAUUCGGUGUAUUUGUAAACGCUUUCCUCUUGUCUAAUGGGAAAAGCGAUCAAGAAUCUAUAACGACAAAAAAAGUCAAGAAAAACUAAUCUUUCCUACUACAGAAGCACAAGGAAUUUACUGCAUACCGCAGCUUUUUUUACAUAAAAAAAGAGAAUCUUUAAAAGGAAGCACAUAUAAUAUUAAUGUUUCAUUGAACAUUGACGCUUAUACAAUACAGUCUGAAGAAGAAUCACAAAUAAUCAUACUAUGAGUUAUUUAUAGGAAAUGUCACUAAAUAAAAUUCCUUAACGUUCACAAAACACUCUAA